AUGGAGGAUUUGUCGGUCGAGGUGUACGGUGAAAAUGGUGCUUAUUAUAAGGCCAUUGUCACCGACGUGCUCGACAACGAGGUUCUCGUAGCCUUUGAAAAUGACUGGCAGCCAGAAUCAAAGUUCCCAUUUUCGCAAGUCUUCUUGCCACCUAAAGAUACAAGCAAACAGAUAGAAUUUGUGGAAAACCAAGAGGUGGAAGUUUUAGCGAGAUCAAAUGAAAAGGAAGCAUGUGGGUGGUGGACUGCAAAUAUCAAGAUGAUGAGGGGUGAAUUCCUGGUCAUAGAAUACCUCGAGUGGGACAACUGCUAUACAGAGAUUGUGCCAAGAGACAGACUGCGGGUGAAACAAACCAAGACACCCAUUGAUAAGAACACCUUUCACAAGUUCGAGAUACCCGUGCCUGAAGACCUUAAAGACUACCUACACGAUAUGCACAGCGCGAAAGUGGAGAAUGCGCACAAGGAGUUUCAGAAGGCGAUCGGCGCGGCACUUGUCUGGUACGUGCCCGAGCGCGCCGUGCUCGCUGUUAUCUCUCGGUGUGACACCUCGCAGAAGCGCGCGCAGAUGCUCCAUGAGAUGCAUUUCAGGAAUCUAACACAAAAGCUAUUACUGUUGAAAAAGACUGAAGAAGCAGCCAGGCAGCUGGAGUCAACUAAAAUACACAAUCAAGGCGGGUACACGGACGAGUUUAGUGUCCGCGAAGAUCUAAUGGGGCUGGCGAUUGGCACGCAUGGUGCUAACAUUCAGCAGGCCCGGAAAGUUGCGGGGAUCACCAAUAUCGAGCUGGAAGAGCUCACUUGCACCUUCAAGCUUUGUGGAGAGUCUGCCGAAGCUGUCCGUACUGCUCGCGCGCUACUUGAGUACGCCGAGGAGAUGGUGAAGGUGCCAAGGCAGCUAGUGGGGAAGGUGAUUGGUAAAAACGGAAAAGUUAUACAAGAGAUAGUGGACAAGACUGGUGUGGUCAGGGUGAAAGUAGAAGGCGACAAUGAGCCGCAACCGGUUGGGCCCCGUGAGGAAGGCAUGGUUCCGUUUGUGUUCGUGGGCACGAGGGAGAACAUCUCCGACGCCAAGGUGCUAGUGGAGUACCACGUGGCACAUCUCAAGGAAGUAGAGCAGCUCCGUGCAGAGAAGCAGGAGAUAGACCAGCAGCUGCGCGUGGUAAUGGGAGGCAGCUCGGUGUCGUACCCGCCUCCGCGUGGAGCCCCCGCCCAAAGAGCACGACGCAUGAGGCCUCCGCCCUCUACUCAGAGAUAUCCACCUGGCGGCAGACGCACGACACCGGAACUAGGAGAUGAUCGACCUGAACGCGGCGAAGGCUCUUACCGCGGGCGGACGAGGCCGCCGCGAAUUAACAGGUCGAGUGAGCGUCGCGGCGAAGAGAGGCGCGUCCCACUAGAGAACGGACGUGCCCAUCCUAGACCGCCACGAGAUGCAAGAGACACUCCGCGUGACCAGAGGGAAAAUAGCGGCAGACGGCGUGAGGGUCGCGAAGUAAGGGAACCCGGCCGUCGGCAGACUGAUGAAGACAGCUCACCUCUCGACAGCCAAGACGUUUCCAGCGCCGAUCGAGAAUCCGUGUCUUCGGAGGGGACGCAGAACACCGAAGAGCAACCCGCUACUUCCAGGAGAAGGCGACGCAAACAAGGAGGCGGCGGGUGGAAGAACGGUGUGAGCGGCGGCGGCGGCGAGGGCGGGCGAGCGGGCGCGGUCAAAGGCAAGCGCGAGGCCAAAGCCAAAGGCGAGCCGCUCGUGAACGGCACAGCGUAG